AAAAAUAAAAAUAAAAAAAUCCUUGGCUCGAUCUUCCUCCACAUUUUCCGAGAACAGAGACUACAAAUACCUGAGUCGCCGUACUUUUCGUGUGCUUCUUCCUGGUCUCCUUCUGAAUUCCACUGUAGUCACUUUAGUUAAUAGCGCCCGAUGGGUUUCAACUCUGUCUACAAAUGCUUGCAAGAGAUAUUUCCACAGGUUGAUGCCAGGGUUCUUAGGGCCGUGGCUAUUGAGCACCCUAAGGAUGUUGACUUAGCUGCAGGGAUUGUAUUGAAUGAAGUCAUUCCUCUAAUGUCUAAAAGGCCCAUGCCUUUCGCAGCUCCUCCAUCUGAUAAGGGUCCUGAAACUGUAGCAUUUGUAGAAGCGGGACAAGAGAAUAAGUUGAGGUAUGAACAGAUUGUUGACACUGUAUCUGCUGAAAAUUUAGAAACUGCAUCCUAUUCUGUUGGGCCACAUCAAAGGCUGAUUUUGGAAGGAACUGAAGUUCCAAAUGCUUGUAAUUCCAAUGGCAGUACUGAUAACUUUCUCAGAAUUAAUGAAAGUGAGGAGCAAUAUGCCUUGGGUAAGGUUGGAGAAAACUUCUCUGUAGAUGUCACAUAUAAGAUUACAGAGAAUGCAGCAAAUGGUUUGAAGUAUGGUGCCAGUGGAAGCUGUGAUCAUGAGCUAGAACGUGUGGGUAUAGAGAGUGAAAAUCUGUUUUCUUCUGGAACGUGCCAUGAAAUGCAACUUGCUUCCACGAAUGACAAUGGCAAUGGAAAGGAGGGGAAAUCUUUUGACAGUCCCACUGCUGAUAACCAUGGUGCAAUUAGCUGUGCUAUAAGCCACAGAUCAGUGAGUUGUGAACCUUCCUUGAUUGAGGGAGGAAGUCCUGAGGUUGAAGCAGUUGAUCAAGAUCAAAGGGAUAUGCCACAUUCUAAGGAAUGUGAAUCAGCACUUGAUUGUAGCCCUCCUUUUGCUGCUGAAAGAAAUAUGGAGAGUGCUUGUUCUUUUUCUGAACAAGAUUACCUUGUGAGUAAAGCCGGUGAGGUUGAAGAUGAGAUCAGUGGGGAAGAUGUGGUUAGACAGUCUAAUCAAGAAUGCAGAAUUGAUCUGCUUGAAGAGAUCAUUGAUGAAGCUAAAACUAAUAAGAAAACCCUGUUUUCAUCAAUGGAAUCUCUUAUCAGCUUAAUGAAAGAAGUGGAACUUCAGGAGAAAGCUGCAGAGCAGGCCAAAAUGGAAGCUGCUCUUGGAGGAUCUGAGAUUCUCAUUAAUGUGGAAGAGCUGAAAAAGAUGUUGAUGCAUGCAAAAGAAGCAAAUGACAUGCAUGCAGGAGAAGUUUAUGGAGAAAAGGCAAUUUUAGCUACUGAAAUGAAGGAACUUCAGUCCCGUUUGCUCAGUUUGUCGGAUGAAAAGAAUAAAUCACUUGCAAUUCUUGAUGAGAUGAGCCAAUCUCUUCGAGUUCGGUUAGCUGCAGCUGAAGAAUUGAGGAAAGCAGCUGAGCAGGAAAAGUUGGAAAAGGAGGAAUCUGCAAGAAAGGCUCUUGUUGAACAGGAGACAGUCAUGGAGAGGGUGGUCCAAGAAUCUACAAGACUAGAACGGGAAGCAGAAGAGAAUUCCAAGUUACGGGAGUUCCUCAUUGACCGUGGACGAGUUGUGGAUAUGUUGCAGGGAGAAAUUUCUGUUAUAUGUCAGGACAUCAGGAUUCUCAAGGCUAAAUUUGAUGCAAAUCUCCCCUUGAGCGAGUCCUUCACGUCAAGCCAGACUAGUUGCAUCUUAGCUUCAUCAGGUUCAUCUCACAAAAGCUUGGCAACCGAUGCAGGCUCAGAUCAUGCUGAUUUAUCUGAAAUACUUGCGUCAAAGCCUGCGCCCCCAACCGGUGAACUGUCCUCUGAAAGUGGGAAUAAAGAAGAAAGCGGGAAAACUGAACAUAAGGCUCCUCUGGACGACGAGUGGGAUUUAAUCUUUGAGGAAGAUUAAGAGCUCUAUUCCUGAAUUUUGCUAGGAAAAAGGACUGGGAGAAACAGAAAAUGGGAGUCAAGCUAUUGUAGAUACGACAAAAUAAGCAUGUUGGAAACUCGUCUUAUUUCAUUGAUUGAAAUCAAUGAGAUUUUUAUGUUUCACGGUUUUAUUGUUCAUAUGCUAGUUACCGUCCUGACGAAACUCUGAAAUAUAGUACAUUCAACUAUAUAUGAAUCUAACUAGUCGUGGAUGGUGUUGUUUCUUUCCCGGCUAUUUUGUACAGAAAACGUUGAAGAGAA